CCCCCCCCCCACACACACACAAGCCCCGCCCCCAGCCCACUAGCCCCGCCCACUGCCUCAGCUGUUUGCGCCUCAGCUGUCUGUGUCAGUGAGUCUGGGUCUGGACCUCAUGCAGGAGACCUUGUGUGAACUACAGGAGCAGGUGUCCUGGGAGCAGGUGAGAUGUCAGACCGGUUCGAUCCUCUCGUGGUGGUGGAACUGGCCUCGGACACCAAGGAGGACGCCAUCGCCUGGCUGCUGAGCCGGGUCCGGGACACGCAGCGCAAUGGAGGCGCCGAGCUGCAGGUGGAGCAGCUGGGCCCCGGGGACGGCGCCCAGGAGAAGGAGAACCCCAACCUGUUCCUGGUGGGGGCCACGUGGCAGCGGCUGCUGUCCGGCGCCGAGGACUUGGGCCUCUUCAAGGAGUUCCACGACGGCUCCAUGAGAGGCUUCACCUGCGCCAACAAACACGACUUCAAGGACUUUCAAGGAGACGGAGACUCCUUCCUCAGCACGGCCGAGUGUCAGUACAUCAUCAAGCACGAGCUGGACAGCCUGCGGGCCAGAGGCGAGACCCACGUGCCGGGGUACCAGCAGGUCAAGCUCUACCCCGGGAAAUCCAUCGUCCGCCGCCUGCAGUCCAACGGGAUCCUGGUCCAGGUGUUCCCUCUCCACCAGAAGGAGGAGCUGAAGAGGCUGUCGUUCUCUUGGUUCCAGAAGGUGAACCUCUCCUUCCAGCCUCUCGAUGACAUCCGGCACUACUACGGCGAGGGUCAGGCCCUGUACUUUGGCUUCCUGGAGUACUUCACCUUUGCCCUGGUGCCCAUGGCUCUCAUCGGGGUGCCGUACUACCUGUUCGACUGGGAGGCCUACGACAAAUACGUCGUCUUGGCCGCGUUCAACUUGGUCUGGUGCACCGUUAUCCUGGAGCUGUGGAAGCGUUGCAGCGCCUCGCUAGCCUACCGCUGGGGCACGCUGAGCAGGAAGAAAGCCUUCGAGGAGCCGCGGCCCGGCUUCCACGGCGUCCUGGGGUUCAACCCCGUGACGGGCCGCGAGGAGCCGCUCUACCCCAACACCAAGAGGCACCUGCGCGUCUACCUGGUGUCCCUGCCCUUCGUCCUGCUCUGCCUCUACCUGUCGCUCUACAUCAUGAUGAUCUACUUCCUGAUGGAGGGCUGGGCGCUGUCGGUCCACGACGAGGAGCCCACCUUCUGGACCGGGAUCCUGUGUUUCAUCCCCAGUGUCAUCUACGCGGUGGUCAUCGAGGUCAUGAACCUCAUCUACAGAUACGCCGCCGAGUUCCUCACGGAGUGGGAAAACCACCGGCUGGAGUCGUCCUACCAGAACCACCUGGUCCUCAAGGUGUUGGUGUUCAACUUCUUCAACUGCUUCGCCUCGCUGUUCUACAUCGCCUUCGUCAUGCAGGACAUGGUGAUGCUCAGACAGAGUCUGGCCACGCUGUUGAUCACCAGUCAGAUCCUGAACCAGUUCAUGGAGGCCUUCCUGCCCUACUGGCUCCAGAGGAGGCGCAACAAGAAGAUGAUCCGCAAAGUCCAGCAUCGAAAACUCCCGGAGGACAAAGAGCUCCUUCUGGCCGACCAGGUCCGGCUGGAGGCCGACAUGAGCACCUACCUGGGAACCUUCGACGACUACCUGGAGCUCUUCCUGCUGUUCGGCUACGUCAGUCUGUUCUCCUGCGUCUACCCGCUGGCCGCCGUGCUGGUGGUGCUGAACAACGUCACGGAGGUUUACUCCGACGCCUUCAAGAUGUGUCGGGUGUUUAAGCGGCCCUUCUCGGACCCGGCGGCGAACAUCGGCGUCUGGCAUCUCGCAUUUGAGGCCAUGAGCGUGAUCGCCGUGAUUACCAACUGCUCGCUGAUCGGCAUGUCUCCACAAGUCAAGGCCUACUUCCCCGGCUCGGACAUGCAGCUCAUCCUGUGGACGGUGGCUAUUGAGCACGGGCUGCUGGCCUUCAAGUUCAUCCUGACCUUCCUCAUCCCAGACGUUCCCAAACACAUCCAGAUCAACUUAUCCCGCCUGGAGUUCGAGUCCCUGGAGGCCCUCAAGAAAAAGAAAAUGCUCGAAGCCUCGGAGCUCAGCAAGGAGAUCCAGUGAGGAGGAACGGAGGAGAUCCAGUGAGGAGGAGCGGAGGAGAUCCGGUGAGGAGGAGCGGAGGAGAUCAAGUGAGGAGGAGCGGAGGAGAUCCAGACGGGGGCGGACCGCCUUGACCCCCUGAAGCCCGGGGGGGGGGGCGCGCUCUCCUCUUCUUAUGCAAUACCUUCACAUUACGAACGCUUGCAGAGCCGAGCAGUGUGUUCUGUUGGGCGCCCAAUCAGAUGCACUGUGGUGG